AGCUAACAAUAGCCUGGGAUCGGCAAGUUUACUGUUAAAAAACCAAGCAGGAGGGCGACGGAGCCAAGCGGAGCUGUACUCGGAGGACAGGAGAGUUCACCGAAUACAUGAGACGGCGUGUCCCGGUGUCGGAAAUUACCACUCAACACUCUGGGGAAUAUUUUCAACCGGACAAGUGGUUGAGUCUCUUUCUUCGUCUUUCUGCGUGAAGAUCGACCCAGACGCCACAUUAACAGAAGCGGCGGCUGCAGCCUAGCUGAAGAUGUCUGAUAAUGGGGAGGUUGAGGACAAGCCCCCAGCGCCGCCCAUGAGGAACACCAGCACCAUGAUCGGCUCCUGCAACAAGGAUCCGGCCCCCCUGAACCACGGCUCCAAGCCCCUCCCCCCGAACCCCGAAGACAAGAAGAAGAAGGACCGCUCGAUCCGGUUCAUCCUGACCGGAGGAGGCGACAAGACAUAUAAGAAGAAGGAGCGUCCAGAGAUUUCUUUACCAUCUGACUUCGAACACACCAUCCACGUGGGAUUCGAUGCUGUUACUGGGGAGUUCACUGGAAUGCCGGAGCAGUGGGCCCGCCUCCUGCAGACCUCCAACAUCACCAAACUGGAGCAGAAGAAGAAUCCUCAGGCCGUCCUCGACGUUUUAAAAUUCUACGACUCAAAAGAGACAGCUAACAGCCAGAAAUACAUGAGCUUCACAGAUAAAAGUGCAGACGCCUACACCUCCUCCACCACGACGAGCUCCAAGGCCGUGUCGGAGACGCCCGCCAUAGCAACCGUAUCUGAGGAUGAGGAUGAAGAUGAGGCCGAGCCGCCGCCGGUGAUCGCCCCCCGACCAGAACACACUAAAUCGAUAUACACUCGUUCCGUCAUCGAGCCCCUUCCCCCUCCUCCGACCAAAGAUGCCGCCACAUCGCCCAUCUGCCCGCCGGCCGCUGGCGCCGUCGCCGCUGCAGCCGCCGCCGUCACCCCCGCAUCGACUGCAGACGGAGCACCCAGCAGCCCGCCCAGCGCCAGCCCCGCCCCCGGCCCAUCCCUGCCCCGCCCACAGGACAAAUCCCGGAAGAAGAAGAUGUCGGAUGAGGAGAUCCUGGAAAAACUACAUGUGCUCAGGUCUCCCUCUGCUGGGACAAUUGUAAGUGUGGGCGACCCAAAAAAGAAAUAUACACGCUUUGAAAAGAUUGGACAGGGAGCGUCUGGGACGGUUUACACAGCCAUAGACAUCGCAACAGGACAGGAGGUUGCCAUCAAACAGAUGAAUCUUCAGCAGCAGCCGAAGAAGGAGCUGAUCAUCAACGAGAUUCUGGUGAUGAGGGAAAACAAAAACCCAAACAUAGUCAACUACCUGGACAGUUACCUGGUGGGAGACGAGCUGUGGGUGGUGAUGGAGUACCUGGCAGGAGGUUCGCUGACUGACGUUGUCACAGAAACCUGUAUGGACGAGGCCCAGAUCGCUGCCGUGUGCAGAGAGUGUCUGCAGGCGCUGGAGUUUCUGCACUCGAACCAGGUCAUCCAUCGAGACAUCAAGAGCGACAACAUCCUGCUGGGAAUGGACGGAUCCGUCAAACUCACUGACUUUGGGUUUUGCGCUCAGAUCACUCCGGAACAGAGUAAACGCAGCACCAUGGUGGGGACGCCGUACUGGAUGGCACCAGAGGUGGUGACGCGUAAAGCAUACGGCCCCAAAGUGGACAUCUGGUCCCUGGGUAUCAUGGCCAUAGAGAUGGUGGAAGGCGAGCCCCCGUACCUGAACGAAAACCCACUCAGGGCGCUGUAUCUCAUAGCAACCAAUGGAACGCCAGAGCUCCAGAACCCAGAGAAACUGUCCACGAUAUUUCGAGACUUCCUGAACCGAUGUCUGGAGAUGGAUGUGGAGAAGAGAGGGUCUGCUAAAGAACUGCUGCAGCAUCAGUUUCUGAAGAUGGCCAAACCUCUUUCCAGUCUCACUCCUCUUAUUAUCGCUGCCAAGGAGGCCGCCAAGAACAACCGCUAGCCUUGUACUCCUUCUGUUCUGAUCCUCCCUCUCUCUGUCUGCUUCCUCCUUCUCUUCCUCCUCCUCUUCCUCCUCUACUUCUUCUCUUCCUCCUCUCUAUCUGUUCCUCCGUCUCCAGUUAAGGAGGUCAGAGGCUGGAUUUCCAAACAUCACCCUUUUCCUCCCUGUUCAUUCCUUCCUCCUCUUCUAACCUUCACUGACUCCGCCCUUUGACCCCGCCCCCUCCUCCUCCUCUUAAUCCCGCCCCCUUCUCCAAACCCCCACAGGGAGAUGGAUUCUUUUUCCACCGCCGUUGGACUCGGAGAGGGAAAAUGGGGGUUUAACCGAAUUACGUCAUCACGUGACGUCGGCUCCGCCCCCUCGGUCGGUACGAACAGCCGGUUGUACGAGAGAGCGAGUGUUUUUUAGAGCCCAAAGACUCAUGGGAGUUUGCUUUUGAUUGGUUUUCUCCUCUUCCUUAAAUGUAAACGCCCCCGGACCUCAACGGCGAACCAGCAGCGCUCCGGUCCUCGCUUCCUGUCACAUGUCUUUGGGCUUUUAUCAUUGUUUUCUAUAAAAAGUGCAUUUCAUUUGUUUUUUUUUUUCUAAGACUAACCUCUGUGUGACUGUGUACAUGCUUUAUUUUUGUCGUUGUGGGGGUGGGGUUAUGUUGAUUGUAGCGUUGGAUCUGUAGUAUUUUUGACACAGAGCGGUUAGGUUUGGUACUUUGUCCUGUCUGCAGUGUGAGCUGUGAGUUAGAAAAUAUUAAUAUUAAUUAUGAAGAGGAAACACUGGUGUUUUCAGAGCUGCUGAUGGAUUGAGUUUGGACACUAUGUGCUUUAUAUUUUUAAUUUGGUUUUAUCACCAUGCUGAGAGAUGGUAUUUCAUUAAAUGCUGCUAAUAUCACAGGUACGACUGUUGAAUUAUGGGUUAAUCGCACCAAUAUAUUCCCAAGUAAUAAUAAUAUAAAUACAGAACAUGAUGAGAGUAAGAAAAUAAUUACAGCUUUAAUAAUAACACCUCUUUUUAGCUUAAUGUAAAAUAAAUGAAACAAGAAUGAGAAGUUUUUCUUUUUUCUGCAAAAUGUCUCUUUCAUGCAAAAAUGUAUGAAGGCGAUUGUAGUUUUAAAAUGAAAACAAACAGAGAACGUGGGUAAAAUAUUGGGAAUAAAUUCUGAAUUUUCAUUAUUAACCUCAAAAUCUGAGAUUAAAACCAGACCUCAUAAAUUUUCAACUUUCAUCUCAUUGAACAUUGCAGUUUUCCUCAUAGAAUUUUACAUUUUCAUUCUGAGUUUUCGUUACGUGCAUUUACAAAUUUAAUCUUUGAUAGCGAUGAAAAAAAAUAGCAAAAAGACACUGAUAUUCUCUAAUCAAAUUCAGGUUGUUCUUCCUGUAACUGUAUUACUUUAAUCUCAUAAAAUAUUAAUAUACAAAUUUCCCUUCUCAUAGAUUAAAGUCACAGUCAUCUGUAGUGUUGUGACAGGAAAUGCUUCAUAACUACAUCUGAAUCAUAUGUAAAGACCCAGUAGAAGUUAUUAGUGUUGAUGUGAUGAUAAAACGACUUUCCGGCGGCGUCCGAACUCACGCCAUCGGCAGCUCUGAAACGUCACCGUCUGCAGCUCGACGCUGAGACUGUGAGGGAGAGAAUGUGCAUGUCAACAACCUUUUUUAUACGGUACGUUUACGAUAGACAACAAAACAGCUGUAAUAAUAAUACGGAGAUGUGACGAUACAUGAAGGACGUUUGUGUACGAUAGGAAAGAUCUUACCCCAAUCCUAUUUUCAGAAGGAUGACGCAAUGAAACGCUACAAUGAAACGACGUAGCGUUUUUUUGUUUUUGUUUCUGCCUGGAGGAUGUCGGAUCCCACAACCCUCUGAACAUAAGGUGUAUAUUUUACGUGCAAAGAAAAACAAACUGAAGAAAAAAAAGCCUUCAUUUAUGAACUUAUUUUGUCUGGUUUUUUUUGUUGUUUUUUUUUAAUUCAGAAAAUCAUAACUUCUGUUUUCUCCGUCGAUUCAGAUACAUGUUUUGGAUUAUGGAUGUUUUUGGGGUUUUUUUCUCAAAGCUGCGUGACAAAAAUCAGUUUCUCUCAACAGCCAAGGUUGUAAAUACUGUCCUGACAUUUCCAGAACAUCUGUUCAACUCCCACCACUUGGUUUUGAUCUUAUUUUUAAGAUAUUUUUUUACAUCAUGUCAACGUACCUCUGGCCUUAAACUGUUUCAAGAUGAUUUCAGCAGCGAAACACCGGGAACGAAAAGAUCUCAUUAAGUCAUCAUCUGUAUGAACAACAUCAGAGUGAACAGUGACAGUGUUUAAAACAAAAGUUUACUGUCUGGAACUGCUGCUGUUGUGUUUGUGUCCUGGUCUGAACUGACAGUAUUGACAGAACUGGUCUGAAAAGUACGAAUUUAGCUUUUAUUCUCGAUAAACUCCCAUCAGUACUGGGACAAAAAAAGCAUAAACAUGUACUUGUUGUGGAGCCAAUUCCCAAAUGAACAAAACGGGUUCAAUAAAUCCCUCAAGAUUCACUAAUAAACGGUUAAUAAUAAUUUUAAAAGUUAUAACAAAGUAAUAAACAGUGUCUUUACCAUGCACGGAGACUGUGUUAGUUCUAGAAAAGGAACAUUUACAAUCAAAAUCACCUCUAUACUCAACAGUCUUGGUCUGUUUUAUGACACAAAUGAUGUGUUUUUUUAAUUCUGGUAUGAUCUUUAGUAGCAUUACAUUAUUUAACAAGCUAAUUGGUUAGCUAUUAGCAUUAGCCCUUUAGGCGCCAGAGUUGUUUUAAAAAAAAUUCAAUUUUAAUAUCAAGAUUUCAAAAAGCUGUAUCUUGGAAGUGUUUAGAGAUAAAUUUAUCUGUAAUUGAGGAAAAAACAUGGGAAUUGCCAAAAGUUUGUAAUGAGAGUAAAUUUUCUCAUUGUAUUUGCAUAUUGUGACAUGACAGAGCGGCGGCCAUAUUGGAUUGUGUAACUUUCAGUAAAAUUGAACUUUGAACAUAUUUAUGUGGAAGUUUUCUGUGUGGUUUUUUUUUUUUUUAUCAUUUUAUUCUUACAAUAAAUUAACUUAGACAUUAGUUGGAAGUAAAAUGCAGUAAGUUUUAGUAGCUUUUUAGCCAAAAUCUGUCCUUAUCUAUCCAAACUAAAACUAAACCAACUUUACUUACUUACUAAAUUAGUCAGGCCUUUAAACUGGAUUUUCUUUUUCACUUUGAAUAGAAACAUGCCCUGAAAUGCUGUUAGGAUUGAAGCGGCACACAACCACCAUCUAUUGGUGGGAGGUGGAAACAAGAUUUGGAAACUAUCUGGAGUUAUUAUGGUCUGUUUCAUUCAGGUGUGUUGCUUGUCACAGUAUUGCAACUUUGGCGCUUAAAGGGUUAAUUAAAGACAGACUAAAGGUUUAGGUCCGUAAACAUGACCGAUGCUUCAGUCGACAUGAUGGUACAAAUAUUUGAUGCUACAAUAGUGAAUUUCCUCUUGGGGAUUAAUAGUGUUAAUCUGUAAAUUUGGGGGAAGGAAUUCCAAAUGCGACUCAUUAACAGACCAGGAGCAAUCGGAUCAGUGAUGGGGACUGGGUUCAGUUUGAGCUGGUUCUGGUUCAGGUUCAGUCUAGGAUGCAACACAACACAUGAAGUCUUGACUCCCUGAUGUAUCAGAGCCAUAAUUUAUCUGUUUGUAAAUCAUUUGGAUUAUUUCUGAAGGAUAGAAAAAAUAAAACUGUACAAAAACUGAAAAA